AUGGCGGACACGCUUCCUGACUCGUCUCGUGGUUCCACAUCAGUCUCGGAGGAUGAGAACUUUGAUCCGGAGGAGUUCCUGACUCGGCCCCACGGUGGCAAAGCCUUCUCCCAGAGGCAACCAGACCCACAGUGGGCCACAAAAGCCGAUAUCACUACAAUGGUGACAGACCUAAAAGCUUUUUUUGCCUCAGAAAUGGGUUCUGAGGCAGACCUGAGCACCUUAAAGACAGACCUGAGCACCUUAGCGGGCAGGAUCAAGGCCACAGAGGAGGAGACCCAAAGCCUCAGACUCAAGCAGGCCUCAACCAACACGCAAGAGGUAUCAGACACAUAUCCAGCACUAAGUGGUUAG